AUGAAGGGUAAUGUCGCUUUUUAUGAGGCGAUUGCAGAAAUAUGGAGUGCCAAUACUGGGCGGAAUAUCAGUCAUCAAACAGUUCAUAAACAUGUCACUGACAGGCUAAAGGAGCAUGCUGCUAUACUUGCCAUACCGGAAGCUAGGCGGGCUAGAAUGAACGCCACCGAAACUGUUAUCUUUGACUAUGCCAAUGAGAUAUACGAAAUGAACGACGGAAGGAGCUCGCUAGUGCAGGUACUAAGCCUCAGACAAAUACCGACUCUUGAGCAAGAAAUAAAAGGCCUAGAGACCCGCCAAAUUCUAUGCAAGAAGCGAGCGUCCAACAACCCGGGAACCCGACCUCCCUCGCCACCGGCUGAAUCGCCAUUAUUACAUACAGAAAUGGCCUUAUUUCUUAGCAUGAUGAAUAGUCGAGCAGUCAGUGAGGCCUUGACCGCGGCUAAAAGGUCAGAUAUCACUAGGCUAGAACAUCGAAUUAAUAGCAUGGCUGCUACUAUGGGCGGGAUGAUGGGGCUGCUUAGAACCCUUGUGCAGAGACAGCCAAGGUUGAAUUAA